AUUUGAUGCCAACCUUUAUCUGUAUUUGCCUUGUGUUUAUAAAACUCCAGGCUAUUUAUUUGUAUAUCUGAGGUGUCCUUAGUGAUCCAGUGAUAUGAUUUCUGCAAAGACAGCAUUGGCUGUGUUGGCAGGGUGCCAGCUAUGUCGCUGCUGUAGAGGAAGUGGGUAUUUGCUUGCCCUCAGUGGGUUUAAGUUUUAUCCCCUCCAUGCUGUGUGAGUACAUGUGGAUGCUGUGUGUCCAAAUUCCCCGGGUCAUGCCGGUGCGAUGGAGAGGAGAGCACACAGCCUCUGAUCCUCUCUCAGCGGUUCUUCCUUGUCACUCUCUCCCGCUAGCCAGUCAUUUCAUAUUGAGGCGGCCGCAGGAGUUAGUAGUUCACCUUAACUCAGGACUGUCAUUACCAUGCUGUGCGACACCAAGCCCACCUCGCCUCUCUACAGGUGCUACUAUGGCUAUUUGGAUGUCUGUGACACAACCACCAGCGAGGGUUUUAUUGGUGAUGAUUAUGAUGAUGAGGAUGACUGUAAAGAUAAAUACAAAAGGAAAACAAGGAAUUUGAGUGAGAAGAAAAGACGUGACCAGUUCAACAUGUUGAUCAAUGAAUUGUGCUCCAUGGUGUCCACCAAUAACCGCAAGAUGGACAAAUCCACUGUCCUCAAAUCGACAAUAGCCUUUCUGAAAAAUUAUCAAGAGAUUUCAAUGCAGUCUCAGGCCCAUGAAAUAAAAGAAAACUGGAAGCCCUCAUUUUUGUCCAAUGAUGAAUUCACACAACUAAUGCUAGAGGCAUUAGACAGUUUUAUCCUGGUAUUCUCACAACAAGGAACUGUCUUGUAUGCUUCAGAAAGUGUCACAUCUUUACUAGGUCAUUUACCGACUGAUAUAGUUAACUUGUCCAUAUUUGAUUUAAUCCACGAAGAUGAGAAAAUAAACUUGUACAAUAUGAUAACUCAGUGUGCCAUAGAAAACAAAGAUGCCCAGAGCCUAGAAAGAGAUGACCAUCAGUUCUCAUUGACGUGUCACCUUAAAAGGGGGUUGUUACUCCCCACUGACCAACAGGUCUACGAAUUUGUCCGAUUAACAGGGAAUGUACGACAUUGGAAUGGAGACUGUUCAGCCACAAAUGUAGAUUCGGAUGAUGAGACGACAUCUAAAACGGUUGAGGGCUUUUCAUCGAAACCAGCAGACACUGUGUGUUUUUGUUGUACGGUCCGGUUGGAAACAUCUCCAUUAAUAAGAGAAAUGUCAGUUGUUGAUGAUGUACAAACAGAGUUCACAUCAAGGCAUAGUAUGGAGUGGAAAUUCCUCUUCUUAGAUCACAGGGCACCUCCCAUCAUAGGUUAUCUGCCGUUUGAACUACUUGGGACUUCUGGUUAUGACUACUAUCACCCAGACGAUUUGGAGAAAAUUUCCAACUGCCAUGAACAGCUAAUGCUGACAGGAGAAGGAAAGUCCUGCCCUUACCGCUUUCUGACCAAAGGCCAGCAGUGGAUUUGGCUCAAGACACGCUUCUACAUCACCUACCACCAGUGGAACUGUAAACCAGAGUUCAUCGUCUCCACCCACACACUUAUCAGCUACGCAGAUGUAAGAAGUCAACUACGGCAGGAAGAAGGAGGGCCAGAGGAGAGUCCAUUACGCCGCAGUCCCUCUGUUUGUUCGGUGACAUCCGGGGUCCAGGAGGGGUCCAGAUGGUCCUCCACUGCCUCCCAGAGGUCUACAUCACCAGAUAAACAGUCCACAGGUGCCCAUGCUCAAAACGCAGACACCCCUCAGAAACCUCACUCCACAGCUCAGCUGUCCCCACGGGCACCUCACCCUCAGGAGCCCCAUGUUAGUACUCACCCCACCUCUUGUCUACCCAUCCAAGGCAUACUCGUUCCCUCAAACAUGUUUGUCUCCCCUGGCUCCACUCUUCAGCCACCAUCACGGGUGUUAUCUCCCCUGGUUAGUCAAAGUCCCACCUCAACAGUUACUCCCCUUCCUCUCUCAUCCCCCUCGCUCAGCAGUCCCCAACCACGGCCCCUUGUGCCUUCUCAAGUGUACCUGACCCCAGCUCAGCAACAUUUACACAAACAGCUUCAGCAGAAGUCGCAGCUGCUUCAGCAGGCCAUCUUACAACAGCAGGAAGAACUGCGCCUCAUCAACAGCCAGCUGGCCAUAUCUGCUCCCACUACUCAACAACAACAGCAGGCUGUUGACACCACUGGUCACAUGGUGGUUGGCUCUCCACCUCAAGCGUUCCAGCGCAUGUCCACGUUUGCUUCUCCUAUUGGGCCUCAGACUACUGCCACGCCCACCUCAACUGUCUCCAGUCAGAUGGAAUCAGCCCACGAGAUAGCCAGCCAACAACAACAGUUUUAUCCAUUCCAGUUUUUACAACAGCCACCAGAGAUGUUAUUCCAACCCACCGGACCUGACACAAACUGUUUGCCCCAUACAAGUAGUCUGCCAAAGUAACCCUCUAGUAGUGCUAACUCACAACUGGCUUCUUCAGUCUAUCUGCUGCAGGAAUUUGUUGCCACUGUCUCCAUCUGUUCAACAGCUGAUUAACCCAUGAAAACAAAUAUUUCACCUUGAUCUUAAAGGGGACAAGUUCAUCUUGGGCAAGUUCUUUAACUUCAUUGUGACUAUGGUUACCAGUUGUCUGGUUUAUCUUAACCAAUUCAAUAAGUUUCGUCUGGACCAACAUAACCAGCUUCAUCCACACAAAGGUAGCCCGUUGACCAGUUUCAUUACAUCCUAGAUAAAGCAGUCAGCAGGUUUGAUUGCAGCUAAGGUAUUCAUUUUCAUCCAGACCAAGGUAACCAGUUGACCAAUUUCAUCAUGACCAUGGUAACCAGGUUCAUCAUGGCAACCAGUUGACCAAUUUCAUCUUGACCAUCAAAUAGGCUUUCAUACAUCUGAGAGACUAUAGGUCACCCUAUUCAUGAACACCAACACAAUGACAGCCUGAUGAGAGGAGACUGUGGUUACAAGUUCAUCAGGCUCCACGAAGCCCAUCAGAAUGACAAUUUUCUUUUUCCAUUCAAUCAAAGCGGCUGGAUUUAUCUCUACCCUUCGUGACAACUCGAUCUCAGGCCACCAGGCACACAAGAAAUUCCACCAGAGCUACAGAUUCUUAUGCCCUCCCUCAGGCUUUCCUCAAGAGCGUUCAAGACAACAGAAUCACCUGGUCAGCUUUCCAUCUGAUGUAGAAUUCAGAUUUGCAACUGACAAAUACCGCACAGAUUUAUCUCACUUGAUGAAGGAACCGGAUCAAACAAGAAGAUGUGGCGUUAAACUCUUUAGGACGUCUGGCAUUUUAGCUGAUCAUUUACCACUUUUAUCAGCCCUGUCAAGCGAGGCCAAGCCAGCACAUUGUGUUCAAAUAUCUAGAUGACCAGUGAGUUCCAGGUACAUCUGCUCUUUCAAGUUACAAACCAUACGGUGCAGAUUGUAACUCAAAUUUUCAGUGCAAUCUCUUAAGAAACAUUAUUACGGUUUAUUCUAACCACUUGAGCGUCUUUCAAGUCUUCACAGCUACCCAGUUGAGGGUUUACAAUGAACAUUUGUAUAUGUUACAUUUUAUCAGCAAGAAUUAUCUUGAAAACCAAGUCAUAAUCUUCAGUGUUACCAUAAGAAUUUUCAGCUUCUCCCAUUUGUGCACCAACUACUUGCCGUCCCUCAAGAAGGGGCUUGGUUGAAUUUUGUUGUCCUAAAAUUGCACAAUAUUUUUGUUGUAUGUCAGCAAAUAUCAUGUUACUGCAUACAUGUACUUGAGUUUACAGUGAGUGAUGUAAUCACCGUACAGUUUAUGGUCGUUGUGUAUACUGUGUCAGUCAAACAUGUACAGUAACUCAGUAACGAUGAGAUAUUGUAGAGCCAGUUUUCUAGUCAAUUGUGCAACACGGUUAACUGUGGUGGAAAAAAAAAAUGGCCCACUCAGUGUUAUUUAAUGCUGAAAUACUCAGAUGAAUUCCAAGAAAAGAAAUGUGUUUUCGUUGAAUAUUUUCAUAUAUUUUCAGGUGUUGCAUGUAUCUCUACGGAUUCCAGAGAAAAUAAAACAGAGCUUUUGUAAAGCUACAACUAUUUAUAAUAAAAAAAAGAAAUGUUUAAUGUUUA